AUGGGGUUCUCCGAAGGUGAUAUUGAGAAAGGAAAGAAGCUAUUUGUUCAGAGAUGUAGUCAGUGUCACACCGUCGAGAAGGGUGGUCCUCACAAAGUGGGACCCAACUUAAGUGGUCUGUUUGGUCGUAAAACUGGUCAAGCUCCUGGGUAUACCUACACUGCUGCCAAUAUAAGUAAAGGUAUCAUAUGGAAUGAGCAGUCUCUAUUUGAGUAUUUGGAAAAUCCGAAAAAGUUUAUCCCUGGUACGAAGAUGGUCUUUGCUGGUUUAAAGAAAGACACUGAUCGCAAUGAUAUCAUUUCCUACCUUAAAGAAGCAACAAAAUAA